UACUCGGAGCAUCAUCAAUGGCCCAGUCCCUGCGUGAGUAACACUGCGCAUCGACAUCAGCAGCGAAGUCGGCUUCAGUAAAAGCACAGUGAGCAUCAUGACUGCAAUGGAGGAGCAGGCAGAGACUGGCUGGAUGACUGACUAACGUUGGCCGCCGUUUGAAGAAUAACGCUGGUACUGACUGAUAGCGAGGGAGCUGACUCAGUGGUUUAUACAGCAGAGCUGUGACUGACCCCCUCAACGCGUCUCCAUUCGGGUGCUGUGAUAAGAAAGCCAUGCCGCCCCCAGCGGACAUUGUGAAAGUGGCUAUUGAAUGGCCCGGUGCUAAUGCUCAGCUUAUAGAGAUGGACCAGAAAAGACCGUUGUCCUCAAUAAUACGGGAAGUAUGUGAUGGCUGGUCUUUAUCAGGCGCAGAGCAGUUUGCUCUGCGUUAUGCUGAUGGCCCUCAGCUUUACAUCACUGAGCAGAGCCGGGGGGAAAUCAAGAAUGGGACCAUCCUUCGAUUAGCCAUUUCACCUGCUCGCGCUGCUCGUCAGCUCUUGGAGAGGAUCCAAUCCCACGGUAUCGACGCUCGGCUGGAGGCUCUGAAAGAGCUCGCCAAGUUGUCCGCUGACCCAACCUUUGCCGCAGAGUUCAUCAAUAUGGAGGGCAUUGGGACGCUGGCACGUCUUGUUGAGAGUGGCACUCACUUUGGUGAAAUGCUGGCCUUCACUCUCACUGCCUUCCUGGAGCUAAUGGAUCAUGGCAUUGUGUCCUGGGACCUUAUCUCCCUUUCCUUCAUCAAACAGAUUGCAGGCUAUGUGAACCAGCCGAUGGUGGACGUGUCCAUCCUGCAGCGCUCUCUAGCCAUCCUUGAAAGCAUGGUCCUCAACAGCCACAGCCUCUACCAUCGUGUGGCACAAGAGAUUACCGUUGGACAGCUCAUCGGGCACCUGCAAGUGUCAAACCAAGAGAUCCAAACGUACGCCAUCGCCCUCAUCAAUGCUCUUUUCCUGAAGGCACCAGAAGACAGACGGCAGGAGGAGUAUACUAACCCACUGGAGCAACACCUCACUGAAAUGGCAAGCACUUUGGCUCAGAAACAUCUGCGAUCCAUCAUCCUCAAUCAUGUCAUCAGAGGGAAUCGACCAAUCAAAGCAGAAAUGGCACAUCAGCUGUAUGUGCUGCAAGUAUUGACCUUCAACCUUUUAGAAGAACGAAUGAUGACCAAAAUGGAUCCAAAUGACCAGGCUCAGAGAGACAUCAUAUUUGAGCUGCGAAGGAUUGCUUUCGAUGGAGAAAAUGACCCCGCUGGUACAGAAAAGAGAAAGGCCAUGUACACCAAGGACUAUAAGAUGCUGGGGUUCACCAACCAUGUGAAUCCAGCCAUGGACUUCACCCAGACUCCUCCGGGAAUGCUGGCUUUGGACAACAUGCUGUACCUCGCCAAGGUUCACCAGGACACGUACAUCAGGAUUGUGCUAGAGAACAGCAGCCGCGAGGACAAGCAUGAGUGUCCCUUUGGCCGGUGUGCCAUCGAACUCACUCGAAUGUUGUGUGAGAUUCUCCAAGUUGGAGAAUUGCCUAAUGAGGGCUGCAACGACUACCACCCCAUGUUCUUCACUCAUGACCGGGCAUGGGAGGAGUUCUUCUGUGUCUGCAUCCAGCUACUUAAUAAAACCUGGAAGGAGAUGAGGGCCACUGCUGAGGACUUCAAUAAGGUGAUGCAGGUGGUCCGUGAGCAGAUCACCAGGGCUCUGGCAAUGAAGCCAUCAUCUUUAGACCAGCUAAAGAAUAAACUGCGAGGCUUGAACUAUUCAGAGAUUCUGCGUCUGCGGCAGUCAGAGAGAAUGAGCCAGGACGACUUCCAGUCUCCUCCCAUCAUUGAGCUGCGGGAGAGAAUUCAACCAGAGAUUUUAGAGCUUAUCAAGCAGCAGCGACUCAACCGUCUGUGUGAAGGGAGCUGUUUUCGCAAGCUGGGGAACCGCCGAAGGCAAGAGAAGUUUUGGUUCUGCAGACUCUCACUGAAUCACAAAGUGCUGCACUACGGAGACCUCGAUGAGUCACCUCAGGGUGAAGUGCCUUUUGAGCUACUCAGUGACAAGAUCCCCGUCUCUGACAUCAAGUCUGUGGUGACCGGGAAGGACUGCCCUCAUAUGAAAGAGAAAAGUGCUCUGAAACAAAACAAGGAGGUGCUGGAGUUAGCCUUCUCUGUCCUCUAUGAUCCAGAUGAGACGCUUAAUUUUGUUGCACCAAACAAGUACGAGUACUGCAUCUGGACUGAUGGGCUGUGUGCUCUGCUGGGCAGAGAGAUGGGCAGUGACCUGACGCGCAGUGACCUAGAUACUCUCAUCAGCAUGGAGAUGAAGCUCCGCCUCCUCGACCUUGAGAACAUCACCAUCCCAGAAGCCCCGCCCCCUGUGCCGAAGGAGCCUAGCUCUUAUAACUUCACCUACAACUACAGCUGAGAUGUGUGUGUGUGUGUGUGUGUGUUUGUGUUUGCUUGCAGUGCAUAUGUGUGUUUGUAAAGGAUGAUUAUCUUUUGAUGAAUUUAGCUGCAUAUGUUUGCACCUAGAACCUUUUUUUUUUUUUUACAUUUCUGAACCCUGGAGACUUCUUUGUCCGUAUUUGUGAUGCUGUAUGGUUCGUCAAACCAGAGAAAUGUGUUUAACUUCACAGGUAGGUCCGAGGUCAGGGUCCAGAGCAGUUACUCCUGUGAGUGAAUCUCAUUUAUCAGUGCAGUCUCCAGGGAACGCCUCCCCAUUCUUUGCUAUUUAAAGGUGUAAAGCGGUCUAAAAAGUGUGCCUGAUGGGAUUACAGAUCUGCAGAUAAGUCUUUAUUUUAGUAUAUUUUAGUCAAAUUGAGGCUUAACUGGUCAAUCAAAUAGUGCACUUGGUCUCCAUGGCAACAGAAGAUGAAGUGAUUUCCAUUCCAGUGUUAUACCUUUUAUUUGGUCGAUCCCUCCAUAUGUAGGACGAUUGAUAUAACGUCACACAGUAGAGUGAGUGGGCCGAGAGUUUAGACACUCGCACACUGCUGAAAUGACUCAGCCAGUGUCGCGCUCAAAGUCACUUUAGUGGGAGGGAUAGUUGAUGUCAGGAGGUAUUGAACAUGAUGUUUCUGGUGAAAGGAUGGUCUCCCUAAACAGAACACCAUACUUAUACCAUCGUGAAGAUAUUUGACAUCGCAAUUCAGUAAUGAAAAUAAUAUGUGCUAAAAUUGAGUUAAGAAGAGAGAUAGAAGCACAAUUAAAGAAAAUCUACUUAUACAACAGAUAAGGUGCAAGAAUAAUAUUUGUUUGUUACUUUUAUCAUGUUAAUCAUACUGGGACACAAAAGCCCAGGGCUGCAACUAACAAUUAUGAAUUGAUCUAUAAAAUCAAAUAAAUGAGAUAAAUGAAUAAUCAUUCAUUAAUUUCUCAAGUUAACACAUUAAUUUCUCACAUUAAUUACUCAAGUUAACACAUUAACACAUUGCUGUGGCUCAAUGGUGAGCAGGGUCGUCCUUCAAUCAGAGG